GAACAAUUUUCUGUUUAAGGUUUUCAUCCCUUGCAAGAGAAGAUGGAGCUUGUAAAAAGUCUUAGAUAGAGCAGUUACUUAUUGCGAUAUCUACUCUGGGAAAACACCCCAUGGGUUCCAUGUUUUUGUGUGAAUGAUUUCUUGAUAAAAGGCUGCUUCUGGUUAAAUUCAAUAGUUAACUUGUUUUUGUAUUUAUGGUUGCAGCAAAACCAUGCAGGUGGAAGAGAUUUUAACCAUCCGUGUUAAGCCUGGUAGGAAGAAAGGUACAAAAAUCCCAUUCACGGAGAAAGUGAAUGAACAGCUAAAUGUUAUACCUGCAGAUCUUGUCUUUAUCAUCGACGAAAAACCCCACAGUGUGUUUACUCGGGAUGGCAAUGACUUGAUUGUCGCACAUAAGAUCUCUCUCGCUGAAGCCUUGGCAGGUUAUACUGUUCAUCUCACUACUUUGGAUGGCAGGAAUUUAACAAUUCCAAUCAACAAUGUAAUUCAUCCAAACUAUGAGGAAGUGGUUCCAAGAGAAGGUAUGCCAAUCCAAAAGGACCCUACAAAGAGAGGAAACUUGAGAAUCAAAUUUAACAUCAAGUUCCCAACAAGGCUGACAACAGAACAUAAGUCUGGGAUUAAGAAACUCUUGGGUUCUUGAGACGAUAUUGGCAAAUAUUCACUUAUGGAUACAAGGGGUACACUUACUGUUAAUACAUAUGUGUGAUCCUUUUACAAGUACGAGGCAGUAAUGUUGGUUUUCUUUUGAUUGAUUGCGUAGAAAACUCGAUCUUGGUGCCCUUGAUUAGAACCGUUGAAAACUAGCCAAUCUCUCCAGCGCACUCUGCCACUGGUUUCUAAUGCUGAAAAGUCAAAAUCCACCCUUCAUCGGAAAACUUCUUACAUGAACUGCUCGACUGUUUGAGCAAAAAAGGAUAAAUUAUUAUCUUAAAUUGGCGAGGUUAAUGGUGUACUGUAUGCGAUUAGAUUAUCAUUAAUAGUUUAGUGACUUUUUUCUUUUUAAUUUUAAGCUACUACGAUUGAAGUGCUACCACUUAAAAUCUCAUAUAUAUAU